UUGCAAGCACCAUUCCCGUAGAGGUAAAGUGCCGGCACGAACAGUAGCCGCUAUCUUCCGCGUUCUGAGCAUCCAAAGCGUAGGUCUCAUUAGGUGCUACACGUUUAUUAUGUUUCGUCUUAAUAUUCGGUUGCAACUCGGUCAUGUGGACGCUCUUUACCAAAGCCUUGAACAUGGCACCCUCAUCCGUUCAAGUCAGCGUCAUCAAUGGCGCCGCCAAUCUCAGUGCCUCGGCAUUAUUGGGUUAUCUCGUAUUUGAUGAACCGCUCACGUUGCGAUGGUGGUGUGGAGCCAGUCUUAUUCUAGCAGGCACGAUUUUAUUAUCACGAUCACAAAAGGAAAAAACUGAAUAAAGCGGGUCAACGUUGAUACAGCGCAUCUACGACGAUUUCACCUAUC